GCCGAGCGGAACGGCCUCUGGUGACAUUUUCUCCGGGCGGCGCGGACGAGUGAAGGGACUUGGUGGCGGAGGCUGCGGCGGCGCCGCGCUUCGCUUUGGGCCAGGUAGGGCUCUCUGACCGCGACCCCUCUGCUCGCCGCCGCAGGAGAAGGCGGCGGCGACCGUCGCGUCCCGACCCGAGCGCCCGCGGCUGGGGGAGUCGUGCCCCGGAGGUCGUGCGUGCCCCGACGGGGCGCGCGGAGCGGGCGAGGAGGAGGCGCAGGAGCCGGCGCGGAGCGCAGGUUGCUUUCCUGCUGCCUCUUUGACAUAGCUUCCUAGAAUCUACUCCAUGAUUUAACUUGAAAGUCUGAAAUGAAGAUGGAGGAGGCAGUGGGAAAAGUGGAAGAACUCAUUGAGUCCGAGAUCCCACCAAAAGCAUCUGAACAAGAGACAGCUAAGGAGGAAGACGGACCUAUCGAACUGGAGGCUCAGGUGCAGAAAGAUGGUGUAGUGGAUUCUUCAGUCCUUUCUUCAAUGCCCUGCUUGCUAAUGGAACUGAGGAGGGACUCCUCCGAGUCCCAGCUGGCAUCCACGGAGAGUGACAAGCCCACGGCUGGCCAAGUCUACGAGAGUGACUCCUCUAACCACUGCAUGCUUUCCCCUUCCUCUAGCGGCCACUUGGCUGAUUCGGAUACGUUGUCUUCUGCUGAAGAGAAUGAGCCCUCCCAGGUGGAAACUACCGUAGAAGGAGACCCUUCUGGGGGGUCUGGCACCACGGUGGGGCGAAAGUCUCGGCGGUCCCGGUCUGAGAGCGAAACAUCCACGAUGGCGGCCAAGAAGAACCGGCAAUCUAGUGACAAGCAGAAUGGGCGCGUCCCCAAAGUUAAAGGUCAUCGGAGCCAGAAGCACAAGGAGAGGAUCCGCCUACUGAGGCAGAAACGGGAGGCUGCCGCGCGGAAGAAGUACAACCUGUUGCAGGACAGUAGUACCAGUGACAGUGACCUGACGUGUGACUCAAGCACGAGCUCGUCAGAUGAUGAUGAAGAGGUUUCAGGGAGCAGCAAGACAAUCACUGCAGAGAUACCAGAUGGACCUCCAGUUGUAGCUCAUUAUGAUAUGUCUGACACCAGCUCUGACCCAGAAGUGGUAAAUGUGGACAAUUUAUUGGCGGCUGCAGUAGUUCAAGAGCACAGUAAUUGUGUAGGCGGCCAGGACGCAGGAGGUACCUGGAGGACCUGCGGGCUUCUAGAGGAGCUGAAGGCGGAGGCAGGUCAUUUGGAUCCAGGAUUCCUAGCAAGUGACAAAACCUCCGCUGGCAACGCACCUCUCAACGAAGAGAUCAAUAUUGCUUCUUCCGAUAGUGAAGUGGAGAUUGUGGGAGUUCAGGAACAUGCACGGUGCGUCCAUCCCCGCGGAGGGGUGAUCCAGAGCGUCUCCUCGUGGAAGCAUGGCUCCGGCACGUACGGGAGCAGCCGGCAAGCACAGUCAUGGACUGCGGUCACCCCGCCGCAGACGUGGGCCUCGCCCGCCGAGGUCGUCGACCUGACCUUGGAUGAGGACAGCAGACGUAAAUACCUGCUGUAAAACCACUGUGUGUCCUCUGCACUGUACUCCACCCCCCCACCCCCGCCCCCUCCUCUUCGUGACAUGGAAGUUCAUUGUCAUAGAGCUUCAGCCUCAGAAGCUGUUUGUGGCAUUUGUAUCAUUGAUAACUCAUGGAAAAUUCCCUCCUCCCAGUUUUUGUUUGUUUGUCUGGGGGUUUUUGUUUGUUUGUUUGUUUUUUAACUAAAAGAAGUCAUUUAGGAAAAUAACUUAUCACAGAGAAAUGUUCUUAUUUUCCUCAGUAGGACUAUGAGAAUAAUCACUUCUAUUAGGCAACUUCAUUUUACUUGGUCACUUUGAAGCUUUGGAAACGCUGCCUCCCUUUUAGAAAACUUUAACCACCAGGUAAAAUGAACUUCAGUUUUUGAACCUUGUAUUUAUUUUUCUGUGUAAUAACAUUAAUAUCUAGACUUGACCACUGUCAGCCCAACCAUUGGCACUCCCACUGUAGGGUAUUUGCACACACAUUAGUUAGGUCCUUAUGGGCAUCGAGUAGGGCAUGUGCAUUUGAAACCCUUCCUUAAAAAUAGAAGACAGAAGUCUUACUUUUUCUUCAAGCUUAAGCCUUCUGCCUUCUUUCCAGAUUCUGCUCCUGGCUGGCUUCCUAUGGCACGGAUAACUUGAUGUGUCCCUUUGUGUGUCUAAAUAUACCGCUGAGGGGACCUUGUUGGUCUCCUUGUUGCAAUAAUUCCUGGCUGUUUGGAAAAUGUCUCUGACUCAAUACCCACCAUAAGGUUUCUGGGCAGUCUGAUGAGAUCAGUAGGAAACUCUUUUCUCCAUCACCUUUACGUUUUCCUGGUUGAUUCAAAUAAUGGGAGAACAUGAUGAUGAGGCUGGUUUGCCAAAGGCGAUGGGCGCUUGUAAAUCUGAAAGCAAGAGGCCUCUUUUCGCAGCUGGUCUUU